CGCACAUCAUGAAGCACCUCUCACGAAUUUCGGACUCUUUGAGUACUACAAAAAGGUUGAUCAGCUCAUGGAGUUUAAUGCACCCUAAUAACAUUUUGGAACGUGUAACGAGCGAUUAAGACUGAAUCACAACGGACGAAUGUUGAAGGAUCUGAUAUAAGCCACUCUGAAUCAAAUUAUCAUUGCAAUAAACUUUCUUAGACCCUGAUGUCGAGUUUCCUCCUGGAGUUUUCUACUUUUUAUAGCAUCAGAUGCUACGAGCAUGUCCGAGCCCUAUUGUGACAAAACUCACACAAAUGAUUCACAUCUUCCCAAGGGUGGUUGCAGAUUCAUUAUACUAUAUCCCGAAUCAAAGCAGCUGCGAUGCGCGUGCGUCGGAUUUGCAUGCAAUAGGUCCAUUCCAGGCAGUUUGUGCCAUUGCGGACACCAGGCAGUAUAUCACAAUUCAGACCCAGAAUCCUCUAGUAAAGAAGAAUUAGAUGCAUUGAAGUUGAGGAUUGGUACUCUCGAGGAGGAGCUAGAUCGAGAACGGCGUAUAGGGAAAGGUGGCUUGUUUGAUCGGCUUAUAAAAUUAGAAGAACUUGUUGAAAAAGAGAACUUGGAACGCGAAGUUGAGAUGCGGAGUAUUCAUCGUGGCAUCGGCGGUCUUUGGCAGAACGUUGGCCUCUUGAACAAGCGAACACCAUAUUACGAUGAUCGGAUCGAAGGAUUAGUGGAUGACGUACACAGAAUUCAUGCUAGGAUGAUCGAGUUGGACGAUGCGUCAAUGAAAGUAGAAGAUAGAGUAGACGCUCUUGAAAAUGUCUCGGCGCGAACUCUCGCGCCUUCAAAGAGGACUCGAAGAAGAAAAGCAUCGACGCCUCCUACUGCGAAUUUGCAGAUCGCAAUUGAGAACACGAUAAGUCCUGGAGAAGUUGGUGUUAUAAGGGAUUUCAAAACGCCUAUAAAUGGUUCUGCAUCAGGUCAGGAAUUCCUGGAAGGAGAUCUUUCGGGCGAUCGAUGUGGGACUUGUUCAUGGACUGUACACGUCUCCCUUAUGCCCACAUCAUCCCAGCCUUUCCCUUUUGAAAAGGACACGGCAGCUUACAAAAGAUGCCUAUCUCGAGGCUUGCAUCAAAAGAUAGUUGUGUCCGACACAAAUAGUGAUUCGUUCAAGGAGGCCGUGAGUUCUGCUUUUGCGCCAGUCCUGCGAGGAAGACCUUGGCAACCACUUGUGGCCAAGAUCUGUGAUGUCAAAAAUCUAAGAGGCCUUCCUAUGCUUCGACAAAUAGACGCACGAUUUGCCCUCAGUGAUUAUGAUGUCAACUUCUUGAAGAAAUAUUGCGCUGUCCUUGAUGGGUUUGGUAAUAUUGAAGACUUAUAUAUUGCUAUGACCGAAGAUACAAUAUCUUGGGUUGAAAUGCGCGAGCUAGAGCAAUUCCUUCCGGGAUUGGAGUCUGCAUGGACUCAUAGUACGUACCUAGAUGGAGCACGGGUAGAUAUAUCACUUCAGGAAAUGAAGGAUGAAUCUAGUGAAGCCACAGCCUCCAAACAAAAUUCGGCAGAUAAUAUAUUACUAUCAUUACCAGCCGUUGAAAAAUCGCCAUCAAGUAUAAUGCUAAAGAGACAUGCGUCAAGGAUAUCUAGAACGCCAAAUUCCGACUCAUCAACUGAAGGAGAAAAGCCUAGAACAAAAUUUAGGCAACUCUACAAUGGUGCAGGGGUGGAUAUAGGCAGAUGUGCUAAAAUUGUUUGAUGGAAUGUCGACUUUGGUCGAAAGUCUUUGAGACUUUCAACCAUCACUUGCAUCAAAGUCUGAUUGUCGAUAUGCGGUUGCUCGAGAUCACAAGUCUAUGGAAGAGGGUUCUCAGAUUAGAUAUCAACUCUAUACAGUGUUGUCGAGAAGUCCCAUGAGAAUCAAGCCCAGCAUACCGUGACUUGGGCAAAAGAUCGAAUUUUAAGCAUUUGUAGCAAUCUUUCGAGUCUCUGAAGGUCAAAAAUUGAAUGAGAUAAUCGUUCUAGC